AUGCUGAGCUUCCUGCGCAGGACCUUUGGCCGGCGGUCGAUGCAGCGCUACGGGAGGGGAGCGGCUGGGCGCGGGGCCGGCGGGCUGGGAGACGAGCGGGACGGGGGUCCCCGGGGGGCCUCUUCGGCUCCCCUGCCCGCCGCCCCCGGGGGCAGCGUGUUCCCCCCCGGCGGCGGGCCCGUGCUCACCGGCGGAGCCGCGGUCCACAUCCCGGCGGCCGGACCGGGCAAGGCGGCUCUCUAUUGCCGGGUCUUCCUGCUUGAUGGGACCGAAGUGAGCGUGGACCUGCCGAAACAUGCCAAAGGCCAGGACUUGUUUGAUCAGAUUGUAUAUCAUUUGGACCUUGUGGAAACAGACUACUUUGGCCUCCAGUUCCUAGAUUCUUCCCAGGUCACACACUGGCUGGACCAUUCAAAACCUAUUAAGAAGCAAAUGAAAAUUGGAUCUGCUUACGUUUUGCACUUUCGAAUUAAAUACUAUUCUUCAGAACCGAACAACCUUCGAGAAGAGUUUACAAGGUACCUGUUUGUAUUACAACUCAGGCAUGACAUUCUUUCAGGAAAAUUGAAAUGCCCAUAUGAGACUGCUGUGGAGCUAGCUGCCCUGUGUCUUCAAGCGGAACUUGGGGAGUGUGAACUUCCGGAACACACGCCUGAACUAGUGUCUGAGUUCCGAUUUAUUCCAAAUCAGACUGAGGCAAUGGAGUUUGAUAUCUUCCAAAAAUGGAAAGAGUGCAGGGGGAAGAGUCCUGCACAAGCUGAACUUUCCUAUCUGAACAAAGCAAAAUGGUUAGAAAUGUAUGGAGUAGAUAUGCAUGUAGUUAAGGGAAGAGAUGGCUGUGAAUAUGCUCUUGGUCUAACACCAACAGGGAUAUUAAUCUUUGAAGGAGCUAACAAAAUAGGUUUAUUCUUUUGGCCCAAAAUCACUAAAAUGGAUUUUAAAAAGAGCAAAUUAACCCUUGUUGUCGUAGAAGAUGAUGAUCAGGGGCGAGAGCAAGAGCACACGUUUGUUUUCCGAUUAGAUAGCUCCCGGACCUGCAAACACCUCUGGAAAUGUGCAGUUGAACAUCACGCGUUCUUCAGAUUGAGGACACCAGCAAAUAAUAAAUCCAAUAGAUCAGACUUCAUAAGGCUAGGAUCACGAUUUAGGUUCAGUGGGAGGACAGAGUAUCAAGCCACUCAUGGAGCCCGGUUACGAAGAACCAGUACAUUUGAAAGAAGACCUAGUAAACGGUACCCAUCACGGAGACAUUCAACUUUUAAAGCGAACAACCCAGUGAAAGCAACCCAGCUAUGCUCCAAAAAUAAUCCAGAAGUUCACAAUUACCAGAUGCAAUACCAUCCUAAUAUACAUCCUGGACAACAACAGUGGCACCCUCAUUCUCCAAAUGUAAGGCCAUCAUUUCAGGAUGACAGGUCACAUUGGAAACCACCCACAAGUGAAGAUGACCACAGUUUGCAUUAUGUCCACAACCAGAACCAGAAGAAUUUAGGAGGAAUACAAAGUAUGAAUUUGGUGUAUCAAGAUAAACUUAUGACAGCCCUUUGAGACUCUUCAGAUCUCCCUGACCAUCUUAGUCUCAUCACAUUCCAUGAACAUUGUCUGUCUUUGCAUUACCUGAGUUUGCGUUGUAAAAAAAAAAAAUGCCUGUAGCUUACAUUUGAUUGGCCUUUCUUGAUAGUCUUGAAAGGUCUUUUCAGCCUUUUUAUAAAUAUCUGAAAAUAACUCAUGGUAGCUAGUCAUAAAUCACUGUUUACCACAUUCCAAAUAAAAUGAAGGUAGUUCAAGGCUCAGGAAUAAUUUUUGUUCCAGUUUUAAAUUUGGAAGUAAAAGUUUAUGUUUAUUUUUAUUGUGCAGCAAAUAUAGAUAUAUAUAUGUAUAUAUAUCUUUGUUAUUUAAUUGAUGGGACCAAGCAAAACUAGAAAAGAUUGGUCUAAGAGCAUGGCAUAAUGAAAAGACCCCUGGGCUAAAGGGUCAAGAAACUCUUAUGCUAGAUUUGCCACUUACUAGUGAUGUGACCAUGAGCCUGUCAUUUCCCUCUGAGUUACUCUAGUUUCCUCAUCUAUGAAAUGGUUAGGGGUUGGACUAGAUGACUUUCUGAUACUAUACAAAGCCAGGGGUUUUUGUAUUUUUAUUUUUAAAUACUGCUGCCAGGUUGAGGUUUCAAGUGAAAAAGAAUGUUCUGACUCUUAAAAUGAGAAGUAGUGUGGCACAGGAGACAGAGAGAGGGGGAGGGAGGGAGGGAGGGGGGGGAGAGAGAGAGAGAGAGAGAGAGAGAGAGAGAGAGAGAGAGAGAGAGAGAGAGAGAGCGAGCCCCUUUUGGGGCUUGAGGCCACACUGCUGUAAGUGGCAAAGUAGGUGGCAGCCUGCAUUGCUAGGUGAAGUCCCUCACCAGGAGCUCACUGCCCCAGUGAAAUCACAGAUCUGGGCCAUAGCCCUAUAAUGGAAAAUGUAAUAUCCCCUUUCUGAGAGGAAGACCUCCUUUUUCCUGGAAAGAUUUAAAAUCUUCAUGGAAUUUAUUGGAAGAUAUUCUAGAGGGAGAAUAAACAUUUUUUAUCUUGUAGAGCAUCAAUCACUACUUUUUGAUUUAUUGAUUGUACUAAUAAUAACCACACACUAUCCCUAGGGGUAGUAGUUGCUGCUAUAAAUCAUUUAAAAUAAUGCCUUAAUGAUGGGUGCUGCUAUCUUGCCUGAUUUUUUAAAGAUAAUUCUGAAUACAAACUAAGGAUUGGUAGAAUGUAUCAUUUUUCUGCUUGGACUCUCUCAAAAGGUAAACCAUUGCCAUCAGCAACGCAUUUGGGGAAUCUGAUGAAAUUAACAUGUAUGUGGGGAGGGGGUAACUUUUGUGUAAUUAUGCCAGGGUGCAGGAUCAGGUGUGCGCCAUUCCCUUGUCAGAAGUGCCUGAAGCCACUGUGUUUGCUACUUUGGGGUGAAAUCUGUAUCUGAAACCACCUUACUGCCUUAGUCUGGCUCCUGCUUUAAACUGAGCAAAAUAAAGCAAUGCUCUUUCCCUCUGGUCCCUUAAAACUACAAGACUCAAACCAUAUUCAUUUCACCCUUUUAUAAAAUCAAGAAAUUCUAGUGCCAUCCUUUGUGACAUUUUCACUGCAAUUGGGUCUGUCCUGAUUUUUUUAAAUGUCUUGAGAUCUUCUUUAUUUGAUCAGCUUUAGGUUAAAAUACAGCAGUUCUUGAUUUUUGUACGUGCCUCUUCAGCAAGGGAAAAACCCGACCCACUCUUUUCAGAGUUAGCCUUGAUCAUCUACAACUCUUGGUUUUUUUAAAAAAAAUUGUUUAUAAAUGUUCUUUUUAGCAGUUGUUUUGAUCUUCAGUGUAUGUGCUAAGUACAAAUUAUGUGUCCUGAAUCUUUAAUCCAUCUUGGUACAUUUUUACAUAAAUGCGUUUCAAAGGAAUAAAGAUCAUUUGUUGUGUUUUGACUCUUAAA